UCAAUGUGCGUGGAACAUCAUUCUAUUUUAAAUCGAGAUACGAAAAAGUUUCUAAAAUCUUUAAGGACUUAGAAAUACUAGUGUAGAUAUUAUUUGUAAAAAAGUUUUUUCAAAUUUCGAAAAUAUGAACCGGAAAACAGCGUUUAAAAAGCCACUCAAUAGGAACAAAUGUAAUCUGGACUACACCGAUGAGCGGCAGUGGGAACCGAGCUACUUAAAGGCCAAGUGUAAGGAAUCGGGUCUAGAAGAAGAGUAUAAGAAAUAUCAGAUCCGCCUUAUGAUCAGUUACCUCACCGUCUUCUUCCCUUUGUUUAUAUUCGUGGUUUUAGGCUGUGAAGUAUUCCCAUGGAUUUUCUCUGAGCAAAAAAAAAUCAUCUACUUCGAAAUGGUAUCGGCUGCAAUUUUAUUAGUUACUGUUACUGGCAUAUUGAGCAUAAAUUUCUUUGAGCGCUUUGUGCUUCGUCACAGGUGGGUAAUGGUGCUCACCUCGAUUUUGUCCGCGUAUAUUGUGGUAUUAGUUGAUAUAUUCCAGAUAUUAGUGUACCAUUUCAAGAUCCACUGGCCUCUCAAUUCAGCAUACGAUGUCUUCGUGCUCUGCAUGAUUUACAUGUUCCUGCCAAUUCCUUCGAUCAGGGAAGCAGCCCUACUAGCCUCCUCUGUCUGUGCUUUAUACGUUGGAUUAUUAAUUUUCUUUUUAAUGCAAGACGAUGAUGAAAUUGAAGAGAUGGUUCAUGACCUUACUACGGUUUGCGUCGCCAUAUUUCACUAUUUGGGCUUUAACCUGAUGGGGAUUUUCUUCCGUAUCAUGAACGACACCAUGGUGCGCUCCUCUUUCCUGGACCGCCACCAGUUCCUCAAGGAGGAGAUAUGGCUUCGACAAGCUCGGCAACAAGAAUCGAUGCUUCUGGACAGCAUUCUUCCCCCUCAGAUUGCAAAGCCCAUCCAACAUAGCAUUAUGGAUAGGAUCAUGUUGUCCGAAAGCGACUCAGACCGCUUCCUCGCCAAUCCCCGACGAACAGAAAACUUUAUGGCCAUCCAAAUCCAUUCCGACGUGUCCAUCCUGUAUGCAGAUGUGGUGAACUACACCUAUUUGACGACGACACUGACUGUGGAGAAGUUGGUGAAGGUCCUGCACGAUCUAUACGGCAGAUUCGACAUGGCUGCCUCUACUUUCAAGGUGCAGCGCAUCAAGUUCCUGGGCGAUUGCUACUACUGUGUGGCGGGUUUGGGGGAAUCUGACCCGGAUCACGCCAGCAUGGCCGUCGCUCUGGGGAUUUCCAUGAUUGCAAACAUCCAGGAGGUGAGGAGCUACCGUGAUUUGGAUAUUGACAUGCGAAUAGGGGUCCAUUCAGGAACUUUGCUUGCAGGUGUGAUCGGACAUGCGAAGCUGCAGUAUGACAUAUGGGGUGCCGACGUGGAUAUUGCCAAUCGAUUGGAAGCAACCGGAAAAGCCGGUUAUGUCCACGUUAGUGGUCGCACCUUAAGCAGCUUGAACGUAGCUCAGUACACGGUAUUUCCAGGAACGGAAGCAGCCCAAAAGGAUCCCAUACUGCAGAAACAUCCAAUGAGCACCUACCUUCUUACGGCCGCUCCAAGUCGCAACUCGGUCAGAUCUGUGGAUGCAGUGCACUCCUACGCCGACAUCAACAUAAACGCCUUGGGAGAGUCCCGGAAAAGCGCGAUCUUGAGGCCUACCUUAGUGUCAAAUGAGUUGCGCGAGGAGUUUAGAAAGAUGCCAGUGGGAGGCUUCAGAGUUCGAUCGCCGUGCUGCCGAGAUCCAAAUGCGAGUGAUGAGAAAGUCAAGCACGACUUAGGCAUAUUUUGUGUGGCGUUCAAUGACUCGUCUCUGGAAAGGAACUAUUUGCAUAAGCCAGAUUUCAUCUGGAAAUACUCAAUGCUGCUGGCCUGGGGAAUUGGGUGCUGUCUCAUCUACAUCCAGGUGGUGAACGACAAAUCUGCCAUUUGUACAGAGUGCAUAAUGAUCGAUGUGGCUGUGUUUACCUUCCUGACUUCCUUGCUCUUUAUCUCCUGGUUCAAGAAAGUGUGUUGGUGGAGAACUGGAGAAAAUGACUCAAAAGAGUAUAGCAGAGUCAGCUGCAUGCUGUUCAAGAUUUUUGAGAGAAUCCAGCACAGUUUCGUCGUGCGAGUUACCAUCUAUAUUAUUAUAAUUCUCAGUUAUUACUUGGUACUCUCCACGAUAUUACUUAACUGUGACAAAAAUCAGUAUGAGUUGGAUGUCAUCAAUAGCAAGCUCUACCACUAUGACAUUGUUACCGACAACUGUUUUAAUCCGUGGGUCUUCACAGACAUGAUUUCCCUGAUCCUGGGCGUAAGCUACACCUUUGCCCGAAUUCCAUUUGCCCUCAAGAUAAUUAUUUGCUGCUGCGAGGCCAUUGCCUACUUCAUAAUCGUAGUCUUCCAGUUCUCAUUCAUUUUCCAGCACAGUGCCACCAUAACUCCAUUUAUGAGGGCGGAAAUAGCUCACUGUCUUCGGGUGUGCAUGAUGCUACUCACGAUGUACGCAAAGGAGCGUCAGUCGGAGUUCAAUACUAAAAUAAACUUUAAAAUCAAUCAGGAUUUGCAGAGCAAGCAAAAGGCGGCGGACCUCACAAACAAAUCCAUCAAAAUUCUACUCACUAACAUUCUUCCCUCCCAUGUUGUCGAGGUUUAUCUCGAUUCAGUAGCCCAUCACGAACUGUACUACGAAAACUAUAAAAUGGUAUCCGUCAUGUUCGCCAUGCUCAUCAAUUUUCAAAUGGAUUUGCCAAGCUUACGAGUGCUAAACGAUAUUAUAUCGGAGUUCGAUAGAUUGUUAAGUGCCUACAAGGAAUAUUAUGUAGUCGAGAAGAUCAAAGUCGUGGGCUGCACUUAUAUGGCAGCUUGUGGACUUGACUUCACCCUGGCCAAGUCGAAAUUUGGAAGCAAAACACAGGUUACUAGUUCCUCUUUCACAUCCGAAAUGGAACAGGUUAUGUACCGCAAAGAGUCCAAGGGCGUAGAUUACGACUAUGAUGAGGUGGCCUUUAUAAUGACCACGUUUGCCUUGGACCUAAUGCGAGUGCUUUCCGUGUGCAACCAGGCAUACGCGGGUAAACCCUUCGAUCGGUCUCUAUCCACCGGAGAGAUCUGCAUCGGAAUUUCAACCGGCGAGCUAAUGGCCGGAGUGGUGGGGGCUUCUCAGCCGCACUACGACAUUUGGGGCAGCCCGGUCAAUAUGGCUUCCCGGAUGGAAUCGACAGGGCUGCCUGGACACAUCCAGGUGACGGAAGAGACAGCCAAUAUUCUCCAGGAGUUCGAUAUUAUGUGCAUGUAUCGGGGCAUGACCUUUGUGAAGGGUCGUGGCGAAAUUCCCACUUACUUCGUGGGCAUCGAUGAGAACUUGAAGUUUAUUGCCUCGGAUAAGAAGAACAGGAAUAAUUCAAAGCGUUUUUCAGUCUUGGCCUCUCUGGUGCCAAAUACCAUACCAACUUCAAGUGAAUCCAAUUAAGACAUUUUCAAAUUUUACUGAAACAUCUUUCUGUACACAACCUCUAAUUAGAUAUUUUCAAUGAGGGUCCACCUUUUAUACCCAAAAAAAUUGUAAUUUUUAAAUGAAAA